AACACUGACACUUGGUAAUGGCUGGGUAAAUACGAAUGAGGUUUUGUUGUGGAGUCCACAGAAGCACGUAUCGCAAAGCUCCGCCCUCAACUAUUCGAAAUGAUGUUCUUGUAUGAGGCACUGAGCGAGGGAGAGAGUGAGCGAGAGGUGUGGGGGGGGGGAGCGAGAGCGCAUUCGGUCGGAAAUCACUUCACUCUCACAUAGGCUAUCCACAGUAUACAGGCGCGCGGUGAGCUGCGGCACUGAUGAUGAGAGCACGCGCACUGGACGCUACCGGACAUAGCCUUGGACGAUUUUUCUGUUUUCACUUUUAUGCACAGACAGUUGUUGACUGAAGGUCUACGUUUUGAAGGAUGUUGUCGUGUGAAAUUGGAGGUGUCGGGAUGCUUUGAGCCCGGUCCGGAGUACCGCUGGUUCGGGGUUUCCUUUCGUGCGCAAAGAGAGGACACUUCUCUCUGAUGUGCGUAACCACCAUCAGCCAAGUUGCGCGCUCUUAUUUUUUGACGUGACACUUUUUGCUAAAGUUCUACAGGACCAGAAAAGGGUGCUGUCUUUUGUAUCGAAAGGAUUGCGGUGGUGCUGAAUUUUGGAUAUCCAAAAGCGCUUGAUUUGUAGCGUGCAAAGCUUUCAAGAGCACAUACAACUAAGAGGAGUAACUAUCCAUUAAGUAACAGACUGAUGAUGUGCCAGAGUGCCAAUGUGAUGUGGUCACGGUGGAGUGCCAUGCUAGUGUGGAUUUUCCUCCUCCUCUGUUGCUCUGCAGAUGUAGUCAGCACCAUCAUCUACCAGGUGACAGAGGAGCAGCCGCCCAACACACUGAUUGGCAGCUUGGCAUCUGACCAGGGCUUGCCAGACACCGGUCACCUUUACAAGCUUGAGGUCGGCGCCCCUUUCCUGCGUGUGGAUGGGAAAACAGGGGAUAUCUAUACUACGGAGAUCUCGAUCGAUCGGGAGACUCUCAAGGACUGUCGCAACAUUUUUGAGGGCGAUCCUUGUUUCCUAGAAUUUGAGGUGUCUAUUACAGACCUGAUGAAAGGCACAGGACCUCGGCUCAUCGAAGGCCGCAUCGAGAUCUUGGAUGAGAACGACAACACUCCACAGUUCUCUUCACCUGUCUUGACAUUGUCGAUCCCGGAGAACACACACGUGGGUGCACUUUUCCAAAUCCCUGUGGCCACCGACAGGGAUUCUGGAAGCAAUGGCAUCGCUGAUUACGCGCUAACGACUGGCCCUGAAGCUGCCAACCUUUUCAGCCUGCAGGUGGCGCAGGACUCAGAUGAGAAAUUGCCCCAACUCAUUGUAUUGGGAAACCUGGAUAGAGAGCAGCGAGAUUCAUAUGACCUCAACAUAAAAGUGAUCGAUGGUGGCUCUCCACCCCGCCAGAGUAGCGCCUUGCUCAGGAUCACCAUUACAGAUGUCAAUGACAACGUGCCCAAAUUUGAGAAGUCACAUUAUGAGGGUGAGCUCCCAGAAAACAGCCUAGUGGGUUAUUCUGUUCUACAAGUGAAGGCCUACGACUCUGACAUGGGGCCCAAUGGAGAGGUGACCUACAGCCUCCACCAGGCAUCACCAACAGUCCAGAGGCUCCUCAGCAUUGACCGCAACACAGGCACCAUUUUCGUUAAAGGCACUGUGGAUCGUGAAGAAAUUAGCAUGCUCAAGUUCUACGUCCAAGCUAAAGACAAUGGUCCACAACCAAAGAACUCCAAAGCCCUUGUAACUAUUACAGUAAAGGACCAGAAUGACAAUAAACCCACCAUCAGGAUCCGGGGCAUUGGGCUUGUGACGCAUGAUGAUGGUGUCGCUAACAUAUCGGAGGACAUGCCAGUAGGCACAGCUGUGGCUUUGGUGGAGGUAUCAGAUGAAGAUGAAGGUGAAAAUGCAGUUGUGACCUGUGUGGUCGCAGGGGAUGUGCCAUUCCAACUGCGUUCAGCUAGUGAAACAGGCAAUGACCGCAAGAGGAAGUACUUCCUCCAGACAACCAUGCUACUGGACUAUGAACGGAUAAAAGACUACAGGAUUGAAAUUGUAGCAGUGGACUCUGGCAACCCUGCACUAUCCAGCACAAAUUCCCUGAAGGUGCAAGUGACUGACAUGAAUGACAACUCCCCAGUGUUCUCGCCUUCUUUGUAUGAGGUAGAAUUUGCUGAGGAGAACCAGCCAGGUGACAAGGUUCUGGAUGUGGUAGCCACAGAUGCCGACAGCGGGACUAAUGCGGAGCUGACCUACACUAUCACUGGUGGAUCAGUACCCGAGGGGCUCUUUGAAAUUAACCCCAACACAGGAGAAGUGCAUGUCAUGAGCCAGUUGGACCGUGAAAAAAUAGAUCACUAUCAAUUUCUAGUUGCAGCAGCUGAUAAAGGUGUACCAAGCUUGAGAGGAACUGCCACUGUUGUCAUUAAGGUGCUCGACAGGAAUGACAAUGACCCUAAAUUUAUGCUUAAUGGUUAUAGCUUUUCAGUCCAAGAAAACAUGCCGCCCCUUAGUCCUGUAGGAAUGGUAACAGUCAACGAUUACGACAAGGGCGAGAAUGCUCGUGUUCAACUUUCUGUAGAACCAGACAAUGGCAAGUUUAUGAUUCAAAAUGGAACGUACACUAUACUUUCGACUAUUUCCUUUGACAGGGAAAAGGAGAGCACCUACAGUUUCCGACUUAAAGCUGUUGACGGAGGUGAUCCACCACGUUCUUCCUAUGUUGGCAUUACCAUUAAUGUUCUUGAUGAGAAUGACAAUGCUCCAUACGUCACCAAGCCCUCAAACUCUUCAUACAAGUUCUUGGAUCCCCGCACAAGCCCAGAAACACACGUUGAAAGUGUUAAGGCAGAGGACAUGGACAUCGGCUUAAAUUCAGAGAUGGAUUUCAGUAUAGUAGGGGGCAACCCGCAUGGAUUGUUCCGCAUCUCUACAGAAGGUGAGAUUAUAUUGGCUAAAGAGUUCACAUCGAAACACAUUGGUCUCCACCGUCUGGUAGUAAAAGUUAAGGACAAAGGCACGCCGGCACGCCAUACGACUGCACUGGUUCAUGUCUACGUCAAUGAGACCAUUGGCAAUGUCUCCCAUGUCGAAGGACUUGUUGGACACAGUCUUUAUACGCCACUUGAAAUGGACAUAGCAGGAGACCCUGAUUAUUCUCGAGACCAGCAUAGUAACAUUAUUUUUGCAGUCUUAGGUGGCUUUUGUGUGGUCAUUCUUAUCAUUGCAGUGGCUAUGAUCAUCAGGCAUGUCGUGCUAAAGGAGAAUAAAAGUGGCUACCAGGCAGGCAAGAAGGAGACCAAAGACCUCUAUGCCCCCAAACCAGGACCUAAGAGCAACAAGAACAAGAAGGCAAAGAAAAGCAAAGCCCCAAAGCCUGCCAACCCAUCUGAAGAGGAUGAGGGGGGGAGUCUUCAGAAAGGCCUAAAGUUUAACCACAUGAAUGAAAGCAUCAUCGAUAGCCCAAGGAUUCACCUGCCGCUCAACUACCCCCCUGGGAGCCCAGACCUAGGGAGACACUAUCGAUCUAAUUCUCCCCUGCCAUCCAUUCAGCUCCAACCUCAGUCACCUUCUGCCUCAAAGAAACACCAGGCAGUGCAGGACUUGCCAGCAACCAACACCUUUGUAGGAACCGGUGACAACAACUCAACAGGCUCGGACCAGUAUUCGGAUUACAGCUACAAGGCCAACUCUUCAAAAUAUAGCACCAAACAGCUCCCGCAUCGCCGAGUGACCUUCUCCACAGCCAAUCAGGCGCAAGAUCUGCAGGAUGCCUCUCAGCACAGUUACUAUGACAGUGGUCUGGAAGAGUCAGAGACACCCAGUAGUAAGAGUUCUUCAGGACCCCGUAUCGGGCCCCUCGCCCUGCCUGAAGACCACUAUGAACGCACCACCCCAGACGGCAGCAUCGGGGAGAUGGAACAUCCUGAGAACGAUCUGAGGCCUCUACCUGACGUGGCCAUGACUGGAAAAUGCACACACGAGUGUACGGAAUAUGGCCACUCGGAUUCCUGCUGGAUGCCUGGACAGCCCUCACCCAACCGCACCAAGAGUGCCAAGAGUGGGUCCAAGCUCUCCACCUUCGUGCCUUACCAGGAGAGGGAGUGUCAGGAGCGCCUGAUGGCGGACAGCAGCUCUAAGCCUCACGGAGAGGAGCGGAGUGGAGGCGGGAGCAACAAAGUGGCCAGCAUUCGCUUUUUGCCUCCCUACACUAGUGCCUAUUCUACUGGCAGUGACUCCAGCAAGGACUGCCCCCGGGAGGAGAUCCCUCUGAGUCAGACAGCUGAUUACGUCCCUGCCACUACACCCUCCAGCCAAGGCUCCAAAAGAGAAAUCUACCUGUGAUUCACCUGUUGUCCGCCUGUGUUUGAUUCCACAUUCGAUCCAAUUUACUUGUGAUCAGCAAUGCCUGUGAGAGGAUAAAAGGCCUCAUUGUCAAAACACCUGCUACUUCUACCACACCGCCAGAUCCCGAUUUACUCAGUCAUCUCCAAUCCCCUCAGCUAUAAGCCUAAUUGUUGACACAAAGCAGCUAGAGACCUUCUUUAAAACCCUCUAGGUUUUAUACAACCCUGUGCAUUCUUAGAGGCUCUGGAAGCCGAAUAGAUAUGAAGAGAAUAAUUAGAAAAAAAGAGAAAAUCAUUUAGUGAAUAUGAAAUGAAGUACACAAUCCCCAUGUAAACUUCUAGUGAAAGAAUGUAAGGACAACUUUUUAAGUGUACUUUGUAAUAAUUUAAUGUCAAGGUAAUAUUCCUAUUUUAAUCCGAAUUUCUUCACAGAUUUUUUGUUUUUAUUUUAGUUUUUUUUUAUUAUUAUUAUUAUUAUUGUGUAUAUAUGUAUUACUUAUGAUCGGACUGUAGUUAUGCUUAUCUAAAACUUAUAUACAUCCAAAUAAUACUUUAGUUUUUCUUCUGUGUGUAACUACUAAGCCAGAAGAACUGGCGAACCAAAUCCUGGCAAUCCAAGAAGGACAUACAUUCUCAACAUAUAUACUUUACUAAAGAGAAAACAUUCACCUUUCUUUUAGCACUGAAGGGUAACUGUUUCUUACCUUUGUCUUUUUUUUUCAUAGGAAAAUUUUUUUUGUUAAUGUACAGUGAUGUAAAUACUUAAUGUCUGAUGAACUAGUUUUGAUUUAUGAUUUAGCUGGACAGACUCUUGAAGUCACGGCUUCCUUCUGUUGAUAAUAGUAGAAGGGACAUUGCUCAGAGGAUUUGCCUCCCUGUCAGUAAAAGAAGGACAACCGUUUGGACCAUGGAAUGCUAAAGAUAAUCCACGAUAUGAGCCUCUGCCAUCUAAGUACUUGGGACUCGAGCGAACAUGGAAUUUAGGGCAAAAUCCAAGGGAAACAAAUGAACUGAAGCAGGUUUGCAUGAUGCCAUUUGUCAUUUUGGACAAAUUUGACGGGCUUCAUCAGUUCCCACAGGAAGCUCUCUCAGUGACUUUUCCUCUGUAAUCCUCUCUUAUUUCAGAAGACUAUCCAAAUGAAGCUGAGGCUUGAGGUGAGUUGCCUUUGGAAGAGCUUUUUUCACCCCCAACCCCCCCCCCCCCCCCCCCCCCAUCCCAUCCGUAAGGAGGAGAAACAACUUUCAAAGUACAAAAAAAAAAAAAAAAAAAUAUAUAUAUAUAUAUAAUUAUAUUAUUGUCCAUGUGCUUUGCAAUAGCCUAUUUGUUUCCGGACAUGUCAAACUCUGUUGUGUAGAUGUGUGGUUUUGUCAGAGAUUGUGGCUCUGCUCUGUGGUGGGUCUGACCUGGUCAAAUUGAAUGCUUAUAACAAGUGGACGGGUUCAAAAAUCGUGACAGCAGUCAUUUUAUCGUGUUUGACUACAUUAAAGUUGUAUUCAACAAAUUCAGUAUAUUCUAAAACAUCUGAGAUUCUGUUUGAAGUGUGCUUUGAACGUAUGACAUAGGACUCCUUUAGCGACCUUAGAAACGCCUGAAUCUCACUAACCUAUCACCGCACAAGUCACACUGGCUCUCACCUAACCAGGACACUUUUGAUGGAAAUGUCCCAAAAUGAAAGCGAGGUCUUUCUGAAAGACUUUACAGGAAGUUCAUUGACGAUUACUGAUGGUAACAGGGAUUGCAUCAGUUGGGAUGCAGGUCAGCAAAAGCUAUGAUGAGUAUUCAAGGACUGAGCUACACACAAUAAGUGCUCUUUAAUUUACAUAAUAUCACACAGCUAAAUCACAACUUAAACCCAACUCUUCACCAUGGAUGAUUUUGCCAUUUACUCUAUAGGUGUUGAUUCAAUGUUCACAGAGCUCUGUGCUUGGGGUGUAAUAUUUGAUAAAGUCUUUUUUAAAAGAAAAGAGAAAGGAAACAGUGCUAACGUCUGGCUUGUCAGGUCAUGGACGUUUGGUGUGUCACUUCCUUUUGUCUGUGUGAAGUAAUUAAUUCAUGACAGACCUUUCAUUUGAACACUGGCAUACUGAACACCUGACUAAGGACUUUACUAAGUAAAUAAGUUGUAAUUCCAAUUUGACAGGGUAUUUGGUCUCUGCAUUCAUGCAUUGCUGAGCUUGUUGCAGCUUUGGGGCAGACCUGAAGAGAUACCAAAAGAACUCACUCGGCCAAAGUGUUGAUUUGAGAACAUUUGACACUUUCACUCAUUCAUUUGCUUCAUUUAACUUCCUGUUCUUUUAAUCAUCCCAGUGACUACUGACCUUAAAUGUGUUUUCUGCAGUUACAAACAGAAGCUGCCCAUGCUGCAUGAACCUUAAAUGCUGCAUGACAGGUAGACAGUCUCUCGCUCCCACUGGGAAAACCUGGAGUUUAUCCCCGGAGAGCAACUGUCACAGAUACUGAUAGGUCAAAUCACUUGGAGUGUUGUGUGUAAACGUCUGCGUCUUCACUCACCUGUUUGGAAACACAGAGGGAUCCAAUCAUUCCCUUUAAAGCAAGAAAUUUUAAAUCUAUACGCAUUGAUAUAUAUAUAUAUAUAUAUAUAUAUAUUUAUUUUAUUUUUAUUUUUAUUUUUUGCUUGGAUUUUCAGUGGCCAAAUUGUGGCAUCUCAUUUAAUAAAAUGGCUCUUGCUGUGUGAAACAGUGGUGCAAAGAAUCUGACAAAAAAAUAAUAAUACCGUAAUAAUAAAAACAUCUUAUACACUGGUUGUAGGGUGAAAAACAAUCAAAAGAAACAUUAUAUAACAUCAUCCUGCAAUUGUAGCUGUCUGUUUGUUUGUCAGACAGCAAUAUAUUCUACUCUCAUGUGGGAUCUGGAAUUUAGGUAGUUUCUUAAUUCAAAGAGAGCAGUGUUAUAAAAAGUCUGAAUGAAUCGGUCUUUUUUUAAAUGUAUUUAUGACUUUGUUUAUUGUUUAAGAAAAUUGGAGACAUUGUUAUUCUGGACUACUGUUAUUUCAUACCAAACACAAUCUCUCUCUCUUUUCUUUCUUCUAAUUUAAGUUUCACUUUCCACACAACUCUUUUAGUUUUAUUAUCCGCAAUAUAAAUUUGUCCUGCUUCAUACUUUGAUUAACAGUCUUGAAGCAAAAUUAAAAAUGGUUAUUUGUUCUAUACUUAUGUUUUUUUGUUUUUGUUUUUAUAAUGUUUUCCAUUGCAGAACAGUGAUGAGUAAAAAAAAAAAAAAAAAACACAUAAUCUUUGUUUUCUUUAAAAUUUUGUCUACUUUGUGAGUAGGCCCAAAUGGAAUCUGCAUCUUGCAUUCAUUUUUGCGGGAAAGACAAUCUGAGUAAUGGAUUUGAACAUGAUGAAAAUGGGUUAAAUAGAGCUUAAUCAGUUGCUAAAGCAUUAUCAAAUUAGCCAAAUAUUUAAUAAACCAACAUGCAAGGGUGUAGGAUGUGCAUGGCUUCUUAAAUAAUGGGCGUUCCAGUUCUGUAGAAAUCUAUGGAGCUUUCUGCCGGCACAGCUUCCGUGUGGGCCUGUUCAUGACUGGUGUUUAAUUUCAUCCUACUGUAAGCUCUAUUUCAUUUGUGCUGAAUCGUGUUUUUGAUUACAUGGAAAUCAAUCAAAUCCAAUGUGAAUUAAGGAUCAGUUUGUUGUCUGACACAUGGACUCAUUUUGGAGCAGAGCCACCUGCUGCAUUUGUCCAGGUAUUAGGAGUUAUGAACGAACAUGUCAUAAUGUUGUAAUGUCACCGUGCAUAAUGAGGCUCACCAUGCAUCUCUGCGCAUAAUAAAACUAGAGAGUAAACCGCAUCAUUCUACCCCUCGAAAAAGAUUAAAAACCAAAUCAGUGAUUUAUUUUGUGACGCGGUGGCUGAACGGCUUCAUUACUAUAAAUUUGGCUCUGAAAUGAACCGGUAGCGCUUUAGCAGUUUGUGGACAUCUGCUUACACAUGAUUUCAAUAUUAAAAACUCUACAAUAAGAAAUUGAAGAACAGCCACCGUUUAAAUAGAUAAUUACAGGAAAUACAAGUUUGUAGUCUUAAGUGCUGGUUAUAUUUAUAUCGAAACGCUUGUGAUGACUUGUUUUCUUUUGUACAGUUUUAUGUACAUGAUAAUAACGUGGCUUUUAAAAAAAUAUAUAUAAAAAAAAAGAUUCAAAAAACACGUUGAAAGAUUAAAUUGUGAGAAAUUGUGAAAUAUUUUGAAAAGUAGAAUAUGUUAGGAUGAGAAUGGGUGGGGGCACUCAGUUGGUGUGCCUGUGUCUAAAAUAUCAUCACUGGCCUUCUAGUCUAUUUUAAAGUUUUAAUGUCUCUUUUUAUGGCUCUUAUUUUUUUUUUUGUUCUGUGUCAUUUGCAAAACAGUGGCUUUGAAGAGUUUUAGCUUUUAUUUGUUCCAUUAUGUUCUUAUCAAUAUCCGCAUGUUAAACACAAUGAAAAAAAAAUCUUCUCUUAUUUUUGCUGAGCAAAUCAAAGAAAUACUAUCUUGUAAGUACUCUUUCCUUAUAGCUUUACAAUAAAAUACGUUCUGUAAAA